CCCGUACUACCAGAGAGGAGACUUCAAAGAAUCACUAUCAAUGGCGUUUAAGGCCCAUUCCAAUUUUUCUUGUCACCUUCGUGGGGGACACCUUACUCUCAAAAACCCGAAAUUUUAACCCUUUUUUCUCUUUAUUAGCGACACAUUAUCUUUUGCCUCGAACGCCUAAAAGUCUAAAUACCAUAGUCCCAGUUAUCCCUUACUAACGUAUACUUUGUGUCUCUUCAUAUAAGGAACAAAGGGAAAUAGAGGACAGCACAAUAAAUUCCAUUCCAGCAGAGCAUGAUGAGAUCUAUCUCCACCUCUAAGGACAUGGUUUUGAAGGUUUCAUGAGCUCUGCAACUUUCUUAGGCUUGACAACGAUCGAGUUCAUUCACAGUUGUAUACAUUUAUAGCUGAAAAUGGCUGAUGGAAUAUCAAGCUUUUGGGGUCCAGUCACAUCUACAAGCGAGUGUUGUGAGAAGAAUUAUGCCUACUCUUCUUAUAUUGCAGAGUUCUACAAUACUAUAUCGAAUAUCCUCCCCAUUCUUUUAGCCUUCAUCGGUCUCGUAAACGCCAUACGACAGAGGUUCGAGAAAAGAUUCACUGUUCUUCAUGUAUCUAAUAUGAUACUUGCCAUUGGAAGCAUGUUAUACCAUGCCACCUUGCAACGCUUGCAACAACAAGGUGAUGAAACUCCUAUGGUAUGGGAGAUGCUUCUUUAUAUGUACAUCUUGUACUCACCGGAUUGGCAUUACCGAAGCACGAUGCCCACUUUCCUUUUCCUUUACGGUGCCAUUUUUGCCGUCGUUCAUUCUGUCAUUCGUUUUGGCAUCGGCUUCAAAGUGCAUUACGUGAUUCUCUGCCUUCUUUGUAUCCCACGGAUGUAUAAGUACUACAUUCACACCAAUGAUGCCUCCGCUAAGAAGCUCGCGAAGUUGUACGUGGCUACGCUUUCCCUGGGUAGUUUAUGCUGGUUCUCCGAUCGUGUUUUCUGCAAACAGAUAUCGAGUUGGCCGAUCAACCCUCAAGGUCAUGCUUUAUGGCAUCUCUUGAUGGGUUUCAAUUCAUAUUUCGCAAACACGUUUUUAAUGUUCUGUCGUGCUCAGCAGCGGGGAUGGGCGCCGAAAGUCGUUUAUCUUACGGGCAUUCUCCCGUAUGUGGAGAUUGAGAAACCGAAGACACAAUGACUAAUCGAGGAGGGAACUCUGAAAUAUAGUUUUCCUUUCCCCGUUGUGGAAGGUAAUCAAGAAAAGCAAUGAAAAAAAAAGUCUAAAGGAUGAUUUAGUCAAUGAAGUUGUUGGUCAGGAUCUCAUUGAAGUUUUACUUUGUAAAAAAGUAGAAACAUGUACCAUAUUUAAAAUGCCUUUUGUUUGAAUUGUGCUAAUAGUUAGGGUUUUGAGAUAAAUCAUGAAUUUUUGUUCUUGAAA